CCAGUCGGGAGUUAUAUUUCAUGCGGAUCCCUUUCGAGCAGAUAGAACAUCACGAACGUUCAAACUUUUGACGCACGUGAGUAUAAUUGAAAUGUCUUGUAAUAUGCAAGCAGAUUCAUAUACUCAAUCAGUGGCCAUUAAAGGUAAAAGAGAUAAAGGUGUACAUAAUGUAGAAAAGAUCAACAAGGAAUCAAUUACUGGACUCACACACGAAUGUGGAGUUUUUGGAUGCAUUGCUGCAGGUGAUUGGCCAUCUCAAAUUGAUGUAGCUCAAGUGGUUUGUUUAGGUUUAGUGGCAUUGCAACACAGGGGUCAAGAAAGUGCAGGUAUUGUCACAAGCGAGGGUGUAUGUUCAAAAUCUUUUCAUGUCCACAAGGGAAUGGGAAUGAUUAAUAACAUUUUUAAUGAUGAAAACAUGAAGAAACUGAGUGGAAAUCUUGGAAUUGGCCAUACUAGAUACAGUACAAGUGCAGCAAGCGAGGAAGUUAAUUGUCAACCAUUUGUGGUUCACACUGCACAUGGAGCAUUAGCAGUUGCUCACAAUGGAGAGCUUGUAAAUACAGAAUCACUAAGAAAAAUGGUGUUAGGACGUGGAGUUGGUUUAUCAACUCAUUCAGACUCUGAAUUAAUAACGCAAGCUCUUUGUUUGAAUCCCCCUGAAGGUGAAGUAAAUGGGCCAGAUUGGCCAGCGCGUAUAAAACAUCUAAUGCAAUUAGCACCAUUAUCGUAUUCAUUAGUAAUUAUGCAAAGAGACACGAUAUAUGGUGUACGAGACCCUUACGGAAAUCGUCCUUUAUGUCUUGGAAAAAUUGUACCAAUUGGUAACUUAGCAGGAAGUGAAUCAGAUGAUGAUGAUGAUGAAGCUGAAGGUUGGGUUAUUUCAUCUGAAUCGUGUGGAUUUCUAAGUAUUGGAGCACGAUACGUGCGUGAAGUAUUUCCUGGAGAAAUUGUAGAAUUGACACGGGAGGGUAUUAAAACUAUAGAUAUUGUCGAGAGACCCGACAAAAAGCCUCAGGCCUUUUGUAUCUUUGAAUAUGUUUACUUUGCACGUAGCGAUAGUAUUUUUGAAGGGCAAAUGGUUUAUUCUGUUCGCAUGCAAUGUGGACGUGAACUUGCUCUGGAAUCGCCGGUAGAAGCAGAUAUAGUUAGUUCAGUACCUGAAUCUGGAACUGCAGCAGCACAUGGCUAUGCUAGACAGUCCCAAAUACCUUUUGCGGAAGUAUUAUGUAAAAACAGAUACGUUGGUAGAACAUUUAUUCAACCUAGUACGCGACUCAGACAACUUGGCGUAGCAAAAAAGUUUGGAGCUUUGUCAGAAAAUGUGAAAGGGAGGAAAUUAAUUCUAAUUGAUGAUUCAAUUGUUAGAGGGAAUACCAUUGGACCUAUAAUUAAAUUACUUCGUGAUGCAGGAGCAAGGGAAGUUCACAUCAGAAUAGCUUCACCUCCAUUAAAAUAUCCUUGUUAUAUGGGAAUCAAUAUACCAACGAGAGAAGAAUUAAUUGCUAAUAAAUUAGAUAGUGUGAAACUAGCAAAACACGUCGGAGCUGAUAGUUUAACAUACCUUUCUGUAGAUGGACUGGUAAAAGCUGUAAGAUUUCGUAUGGACAAUCGUGAAAGCAGUUACAUUGGACACUGUACUGCUUGUUUGACUGGAGAGUAUCCUGAUGAACUUCCUGGUGAUUUGGAUUGGUGAAGCAAAUAAACAGUUUAGGAAUACACAGAUAGCAAACUAAACAUUGUUGAAAUGCGUAUGUCUGCAAUGGAACAAGUUCGCAUCAGAUUUCUUAAAUAAAAUUAUCUUGAUGCGAUUUAAAA